CGUUGAUGCAGUGGCUUCUCUAGGGUCCGGUGAGCAAGAGCCCUGACGCAAAGGGGGGCUUGCCCAGGGGGCGGGGCCGCGAGCGGGCGGCUGCUCACCUCGGUGGCGCGGCAGGUACACCUGUAGGUCUGGCUUGCGGGGCCGCGUGGGCGCGGGCGUGUGGCGCCUCCUUGCCUUCUCCUUGGCCGCCUGCUUCACCUUCUUGUCGUAGUCGUCCCUGCGGGGAGCCGAGCGGGAGUCAGGCGCUGUCACCCGGCCGAAUCGGGCCGGGCCGGGCCUGGGGCGGGGCGGUACCGAGCGAUCUGGUUCCGACGGAUAUGGUGUACGAAGCCGUGGCUCAUGUCCAGACGCCCGCCGGGCUUGCAGCACAACCCCGGGCCGGGAUCCCGUGCCGCCUCCAUUCGGAUCCUGGGUACAGAACCGCUGUAACCGCCACAACGGCCGCGGAAUUAAGACCCCCGGCUGCGGGCCAGGACUUCCGGCCGCGGACCCGGACUUCCGGCUCCGAUGUCCUUUUUUCCGGUUGCGUAGGGCGGGCGCAGCGGAGCGUAGAUGCUUUCGAAAUUUGAGGACCUUCGUCUGUGGAGGGCUGUUGGAGCUGGAGCAAAGAAUGGCCGAGUGGAUUCUGAAGACCGGAGGAGCCGUCACUGUCCGUACUUGGAUACCAUUAAUAGGAGUGUGCUGGACUUCGACUUUGAGAAACUCUGCUCCAUUUCUCUCUCGCACAUCAAUGCAUACGCGUGCCUGGUGUGUGGCAAGUACUUUCAAGGCCGGGGCUUAAAGUCUCAUGCCUACAUCCACAGUGUCCAGUUCAGCCACCAUGUCUUUCUCAACCUGCACACUCUCAAGUUUUACUGCCUUCCUGACAACUAUGAGAUCAUCGAUUCCUCGCUGGAGGAUAUCACGUAUGUGUUGAAGCCUACUUUCACAAAGCAGCAAAUUGCAAACUUGGACAAGCAAGCCAAAUUGUCCCGUGCAUAUGAUGGUACCACUUACCUGCCAGGGAUCGUGGGACUGAACAACAUAAAAGCCAACGACUAUGCAAAUGCUGUGCUGCAGGCUCUAUCUAACGUUCCUCCUCUUCGGAACUACUUCCUGGAGGAAGACAAUUACAAGAACAUCAAGCGUCCUCCAGGGGAUAUCAUGUUCUUGUUGGUCCAGCGUUUUGGAGAGCUGAUGAGAAAGCUCUGGAACCCCCGAAACUUCAAGGCACAUGUCUCACCUCAUGAGAUGCUUCAGGCUGUUGUACUUUGCAGCAAGAAGACUUUCCAAAUUACCAAACAAGGGGAUGGAGUUGACUUCCUGUCUUGGUUUCUGAAUGCUCUACACUCAGCUCUGGGAGGCACCAAGAAGAAGAAAAAGACUAUUGUGAAUGAUGUUUUCCAGGGAUCGAUGAGAAUUUUCACCAAAAAGCUUCCUCAUCCUGAUCUGCCAGCGGAAGAGAAAGAGCAGCUGCUCCAUAAUGACGAGUACCAAGAGACGAUGGUGGAGUCCACAUUCAUGUACCUGACGCUUGACCUUCCCACUGCCCCGCUCUAUAAGGAUGAGAAGGAGCAGCUCAUCAUCCCCCAGGUGCCACUCUUCAACAUCCUGGCCAAGUUCAAUGGCAUCACGGAGAAGGAAUACAAGACUUAUAAGGAGAACUUCCUGAAGCGCUUCCAGCUCACCAAGCUGCCUCCGUAUCUAAUCUUUUGCAUCAAGAGAUUUACUAAGAACAACUUCUUUGUGGAGAAGAAUCCAACAAUUGUCAACUUCCCUAUCACAAAUGUGGAUCUGAGAGAAUACUUAUCUGAAGAAGUCCAAGCAGUCCACAAGAACACUACCUAUGAUCUCAUUGCCAACAUCGUGCAUGAUGGCAAGCCUUCUGAGGGCUCCUACAGGAUCCAUGUGCUUCAUCAUGGGACUGGCAAGUGGUAUGAAUUGCAAGACCUCCAGGUGACUGACAUUCUGCCUCAGAUGAUCACAUUGUCUGAGGCGUACAUUCAGAUUUGGAAGAGGCGGGAUAAUGAUGAAACCAACCAGCAGGGGGCUUGAAUGCCUUGGGGUUUUACUCCCAAGGGCUAUGGCUGAAGAUGAUAAAUAAAAAUACUGAAGCUGUAGCUGAACACGGACUGACUGUAAGAUUCCUGCCCCAGCCCUGUUUUUGUGGAUUCUGGCUGCAUCAUCAUGAAGGAGCUUGUCUGCCCUGGUGUCCUGAGCUGUCUGUCUCCGGCUGUUCUCUGCAGCACUUUGCAUCAGCAGACAGAACUAUUACAGAUGGAUGCCUUGCUACAUUUGAAUUGCUACUGUUCCAUAGAAACAUCAGGUCUUGAGACUCUAGGAAUAGGCAUGAAGUCAGCAGCACCCUUCUCUCAUAGGUAGUGGUUUACCUAUACUUCCCUUCAUCUCCUCGUGGGACAUUUGGGAUGGAUUAAAUAUCCUCCUGUUUUUAAACCA